AUGAUUGUCUGUGAAAUAUGUGGUGCUCCCCUCGAGAUGAUAGAGAACGACUAUAUCUGUGAGGAGGGUCAUAUCAUAAAAGACAGAAUGGAAGUUUCAAGCGAAAUUCUACCAGCUUUUGUUGGAAAAACCAUCAACAAGGAAAAGCCCAGGAAGUUCCUAAUCAAGAAAUAUAGCGAGGACUAUGUGAACUUGUUGAUCUACUAUGUACUGUUUGAUGACAUCAAAAACUAUCUAGGUAUUAAAUCCACCAGAUACUUCGAUAUCUUUGCGGACACAGUUAAAGAAAUGCCGGGAAGAGCUCUUUCAAAGCCCUUGCCGAUAUAUCCGGUUCUCAGAGCACUGGGCUAUUACUCGAAGAGAAUAGAGAUGGAAGCCGAAGGAAAGACUUAUCUUUACUUGGACUAUUAUCAGUCGAUGCAGCUGUAUCCACGCGAAGAAAGAGAAAGGGAAAGGCUUGAGGCUUUAGGAAUGAAAUACUCCCGAUUCCUUACGGCCCGCUUUGAAGACACAGGCCUAAUUCCUGUGUAUAGAAUACUUAAACGUCUUGGAGAAAAAUGCACUAGCAUUCAAAAGAAUCGCCAUGCUUGUCGCAUUGUGGAAUUCUACAACGAAACAGGAAUUCCUGAUGAAGAGAUUGAAAAUAACAAGGCUUGCUUCAGACAGGAUCUUAGAAGAGAUUAUGGAAUGUUUUUCCAGUAUCUUCAAAGGAUUUGUGGAAUCUUUCUCCUGGAGAUCACCGAAGAUCUUGAAAGGAAGUUCAAGACAUUUUUUUAUGCACUCGACACCACUUGGACCAUCCACAUUCCAGAGAUAGAGAUAUCAACCUUUCUGUACAUAUAUAUCAUGAACUACAAAAAGAAUUUUGAUGUGUUGAGAGCCAUAAAAAACCUCAACAAGAUCCUUCACAAGCCCUACGACACCUCUGUGGAGGAAACCACCCAAGAACAGCUGGAAAUCUUUGGAGGGGAAGAAGAAAGACUCCAGAUCUAUCUCAAAACCCUAAUAUCAAAAAUUACAUGGACUGGAAACUACAUUAUAGAAAAAAAUAUAAAAGACUUCAAGUCUUUGCUAAGCUGCUGCAAGACCCCAGAAUCACUAAACAACUAUUGGAGAAGGCGUUGCGAUAAACACAAAAAGAUCUUCAACCGAAACGUUUGGUAUGUAAAAAAGCUUAUCGUUUGGAAACGAAUCCAAAUCUUAAAGAACCUGGAAAAAGGACUUCUCAACUAA